UUGAGUCGGUAUUAUCAUUCCCUGGUAAUAAAUAGGGGCAGACCUCGUGAAUUCCCUCGAAACGACGGGGGGAGAGAGAGAGAGAGAGAGAGAUUCCCGAAAUCUAAAAGAGCAUAAACCCUCUCUCUUUCUGCUGAUCGUUUAGUUUUUCUUUUCAAUUUCCCUCUUUCUUUACUCUCUUCUCUGCAGCCCGUCUACCUCCUCCCCCGAUCUUCUUUCAUUCCUCAGGAGGAGAUGGUCUUCUGGGUUUUUGGCUAUGGUUCACUGGUGUGGAACCCCGGAUUUCAGUAUGACGACAAAAUCAUAGGCUUCGUCAAGGAUUGCAGGCGUGUAUUUGAUCUUGCGUGCAUUGAUCACAGAGGUACACCUGAUCGUCCUGCAAGGACUUGCACUUUGGAAUUUGUUGAAGGGGCCGUUUGCUGGGGUGCUGCUUAUUGUGUUCGUGGAGGACCUGAAAGGGAAAGACUGGCAAUAGAGUAUUUGGAGCGGAGAGAAUGCGAAUAUGACAAGAAAUCCCUUGUAGACUUUUACAAGGAAGGGGAAACUUCACAGCCUGCUUUAACAGGAGUGAUAGUUUUCACUUCUACUCCCGAUAAAAUAUCAAACAAGUACUAUUUGGGGCCUGCCCCCUUGGAGGAAAUGGCUAGGCAAAUUGCAACAGCAUAUGGACCUUGUGGGAACAAUAGGGAUUACCUGUUCCUGCUAGAGAAGGCCUUGUUUAAUAUUGGUCACGAGGAUGACAUGGUGAUCGAGCUGGCAAAUGAAGUGAGGAAGGUACUAGGAAUUGUAGGAAAAGGGAUUCCCAAGGAGAAGAAGCUGGCAGGUCCAUCCCAUAUUGCACUCAAAUCCAAUAUGCCAGCCCUUCAACUGCGUCUACUUCCAGAAGCUGUUGCUCUGGAUUCGUAAAAUCGACAUGAAACAUGAAACUGAGCUCCGCUAACUUGAUUAACACUCCUGGAAAGUUUCCGUUGGCCUCUCUUUCCCACUAUUAGAAUUUCUUUUUUCUAUUUUUUGUUUGGUUUUUAGCCCCUUUCUCUAGGCUUCGUUUAAGAUGAGUUUGAAUGGUGCCAAAAAAUUGGCAUCUUUAUGGAACAGAUAGCAGAUUGAAAUACUUAAUUGUUGCUUAGCCAAAAGGUAGAUGCUAAUGUUACUUACAGGCUAACAGCUCCAACAAUCUUUAAUGUUAACAGCCACGAGGCAAUCAUCACUCUUCGUGGUUUCUUUCA